AUGAAUAUAAGGGUCAAGUUAUUUUUAUGCAUCCUUUUGUCUACUUGCUGCGUGGAAUCACAGAGAUAUCUUACAACAAAUCCAUUUACUGUAACAGGAAAUCUUAAUGUAUGGAAGGAAUGCACUGACUUCCGUGGCACGACAGGAUUGUGUAUUCAAGGUGAUAUCUGUCCAAGGUCCAAAAUGAUGGAUGAUGACGACGAAUGCUUUGAAUACGACAACGACUCCGUCUGCUGUCACAUUGCCCGUCUGAGAAUGCCCAAAGAUAUAUUCCUGAUGUACGGAAAUUAA